AUGUUGAUAUGGUGGUUUAUAAUUAUAUCAUGCAAAGCAUAUUAUGUAGAUAAGUUCUAUACACCAUCCUACAAUUAUACAAACUAUACAAAUGGUCAAAUAAUCAAAACUCGGCAGAUAAAUGUUAAAUGUUACGCGGUUAAUAUUGACUCUCCAACUUAUCAAUUAUUAGUAAAAUCUGAAAAUUCAUUUAAUCAACCGAAUUACAUAGUUUCAACAAUAUUCAAGUCUCCAAAAAAUAAAAAGAAUAGAAUAUUAUCCUAUCAAAAUUUUGAGCAAGCUGCUGAUACCACUUGUGCUUGUUCCGAUGGAUUUAUUUACCCAUCAAUAAAUAAUUUACAAUGUCAAUUUGAUUUAAUCUUCAUUUCAAAACUACUUGAAGCUGGUUGGGACGUAAUUGUUCCUGAUUACGAAGGAAAUCAGUCUGCAUUUCCCGUAGGUAGACAAGCUGCACAUGCGGUAUUAAAUUCAUUAAGAGCCGGUAUAAAUUUUUUAAAUGUUGAAUCUCCUCGAGUUUCAUUACUAGGUUAUGCUGGUGGUGGGUAUGCUUCAUUAUGGGCUUCAAUUUUACAGCCUACAUAUGCUCCUGAAUUAAAUUUAGUAAGUGCUGCUGUUGGUGGAAUUAUAAGUGAUAUUAAAAGAAUAAUUGAAAAUGUAAAUAAUGGACCAUAUGCUGGAUUAAUAGUCAAUAUUUUAAAUGGUUUAGGUAAUGAAUAUCCACAAUUUAAAGAAGCAUUAACUAAGUAUGGAAAUGAAUUAAAGAGAUUUUGUUUAAUACCUACUGCUUUACAUUAUUUCAAAGCUGAUUUUUUCAAUUAUUACGGGAAGAAAUAUUUAGAAGAUCCAGUAAUAUCAACAAUAAUUCAAGAUAACAAUUUAUUUGGUAAACCAGUACCUCAAAUCCAUAUAUUCAUGUUUCAUUCAAAGAUCAAUGAAUUAUCUCCAUUUAAAGAAGCUUGGAAAUUAUAUCGUUAUUAUUGUGAUGAAGGUGUUCAAAUUGAGUUUGCAGAAGAUCUAAGUUAUAAUCAUAUGGCUGAAGCAUUUUCAGGUUUACAAGCAUCACUUGUAUGGUUGGAAAAAUCACAUAAUAAUGAAACUAAACAAGGGUGUAAUUAUAAGAUAAGGAGCUCUAAUUUAUUUUAUGAAUUCAAUUCAACUAUUCUAUAUAAUAAAGUUAAACCAAAUAUAACUAAAUGGAAACUGAAAUUUAAAUAUAAAACAGAUUAA